CUGCCCCAGCCUCUAUAACGACUCCAGCCAGUAGGGCUACUGUUUAAAAACAGUUGUCUCUACACGCCUCCUAGCUUUCCCCGUUGAACACGGCCACUCCGGGAUUUCAUUCCGGUAUCGAUAACCGUUUACAAUUCAUCGCCCCUGCCAAGACCCUGCCCCUCCAACAUCGCGGCGUGGGGUGAUCCGUAGACCACUUCCUUUGCCAGUAAAUACAUUAUACCUCAACUUACCGUCCUUCAUUAGGCACAUUUGUCAUCUUUACUCAGAGCAGGCUCUACUUCGCAGGACUCCGUGAGCCCCACGCCAAACACACAAGAUAACGUGGAACCCCUUAGCUGUCGCGCCCUUAACCCUACAGCGCAACAAAACCCGCUGUAGCCCGGCUGACACACCACGGGAGAGAGUCACACACCACAGGCACACCAUGACCCAAACCAACGAUGAUGAACCCCCCACGUCCAACAACAACAACUACAACAACAACAACAAGAGAAAACCCAUCCCUAUCACCAUCAUAACGGGCUUCCUCGGCGCGGGCAAGACGACGCUGAUCCUGAAGCUCAUCCCGCAGCUGCGCGGGCUCAACCCGUCGUACAAGCUCGCGCUGCUCAAGAACGAGUUCGGCGACGUGGCCGUCGACUCGCAGCUCGCGUCGUCGUCGGCCAUCGCGGGCGUCACGGAGCUGCUCAACGGCUGCAUCUGCUGCAACCUGGUCGGGCAGCUGGGCCCCGCGCUGGCCGAGCUGCGCCGCACGACCGUGUGCCCGGACCGCGUGAUCGUCGAGACGAGCGGGAGCGCCUUCCCCGCCACGCUCGCGCUCGAGGUCAACAGGCUGGCGAGGGAGACCGGCGGAGAGUAUGUCCUCGAUGGCGUCGUCAGUGUGAUCGAUGUGGAGAACUGGGCCGGGUAUGAGGAUACCAGCUACACGGCCAAGGUGCAGGCCAAGUAUACGGAUCUGGUGGUGUUCAAUAAGUGGGAAGGGUGUGGGGAGCGGCGGUUUGAUGAGGUGCUGGACCGGCUGGGGGAUAUGGAGGUCGAUGUUGCGUGGGUGAAGAGUGAUAAGGGGUGGGUGGAUAUGAACGUGGUGUUUGGGGUGGAUGGCGGGUUGGCGAGGGGGUUGGUGGAGGAGGAGGGCGAUCUCAAUCCUGCUGCUGCUGCUUCUGCUGCCGCCAAUGGGGAAUGCAAACAGGGGGAUGGCUGCGGGCACGGGCUGGGAGAGGCGCAUCAACACCACCAGUCCGAGGUCGAGGUGCUGUCGGUCGAGUUGAAGGGAGAGGAGGAGGGUGCGGCGGUCGAUGCCGACAAGCUGCUGGGCUUCUUGAAGAGCGCGCCCAAGGACGAGGUGUAUCGCAUCAAGGCCGUGCUGACGGCUUCUGGGACGGUCCGGAACUCAGACGAAGACGUGCCGCUGCCGUCACCGGCACAUCCGAGGAACAGGUAUAUUCUGAACUGGGCCUUUGGGCGGUGGACAUUCACGCACGUGGGGGACGGCAUUGCGGAGCACGACUCGACUACCAAUGCGACGCUGAGGAUGACCAUGAUCUUGGCGAGGUAUGAGAGCACGAAGUGGAAGAAGAAGCUGGAGGCUGGCGGGUUGCUAGAGCUAGAGGGCACCAAGGGGCUAUUGACGGUUAAGAAGGUCAAUUAGACCAUGUACGAGAUGAUAGAGAACUGGAUGUGGCUUGGGAAUAGAGGUAGACUUUUGCAUAUAUAGAUCACCGACACAAUACUACAGUAGUACAUAAUCGCACUAAUCAUCAAGUCGGUGCCGAUGAGGUCCCCGCCUCUCCGUAUUCGGCAGAGUCAGCGGCAUGAGAGUGGUAUACGAGCUGCGGAGUGGGCAAGCUAGUGCUGACCGCGGUUCGGUCGGCAUAGCGCGUGUGUCAAGGGAC